UUUGAGCGGGACAAAAAAAAAACCAGCUGCCGCCGUGUUUUCGUGGGUCCUCCCGGGCUUGACACCAAAAAGAAGGCAAACCCUUUUCGGGGUGGGGCCAAAGCAGAGUCAAAGGACAGCGGAGAACCCGUUUUUAGAACAGCGCGACCACCUCAAAGAAACUAGGUGCGUACGGAUGGAGGGCGGUACGUGGGCGAACGAGCAAAGUUGCCGGUGUCUCCUUCCGCAAUACAACGACACGAAAUAGUUCGCAAGACAACGCCAGAUCUCUGUACUCCCCGUAACAAACUCGUGAAAACUUUUCUCAUUCGUUACUCGCGCGUUGGAGUUUAUAGCCCCGUUGGUCUUGGAUCAAGUUACAAGUUCCUGUUUCGAGGUGACACCGCGCAGACGGGGAUACAGCAGCGCGGGCGCCGUGAGCAACACACUUCCUGCGUGACGUCACUGGGACCGAUGAGUCCCCUUCCUUACAUAGGCAACUGGAACUGUUCAAGUGCCUUGUGUUCGUAGUCGUGCCUUGUGUUUCGGUGUAGUUUGGCGAUGUGCUUUUCCUUUUCCUAAAUGACGUGAUACACGGGUGGAUUCGAAGACGCACCGCAUCGUGCUUUUUUGGCCGGAUUCUUUUUGUAGAAAAACGGAAAACAGAAAAAAAAAAGUUUGAAGUUCUGCCAAGAUGAUGUUCAACACCGCCUGUACAAGUCUGAGCUUACUCCUGCUUGUCUUUGUUAGUACAACACACUGCCAAGUGAAACAAAUCACUAAAAGUUCCAAGAAAGCGCCAGAAAAGCUCCUGAGCAAUCCUUGCAGCGGCAGGGAAACAUGUCACGAGUGCUUCACAUUUGACUCUGACUGUGGGUGGUGCUUGAAGGAGGGCUACACAAAUGAUGGAAAGCCGAGAUGUGAUACUCUCAUCAACUUGGCCGAGUACUGCCCUAACGACUACUUCCACCCCAAAAACACAAUGACUAAAAUCACGGACUCCGAGUUGAGCAACAAGGGGGUGAGAGAAGGCGAGGCGAUUCAGAUCAAGCCACAAGAAAUCAGGCUCAGGUUGAAGCCAAAGUCGCCGUUCCCGCUGAAUGUGGAGUUCAAGCAGGCGGAGGACUACCCCGUGGACCUGUAUUACCUGAUGGACCUGUCCAACUCGAUGAAGGACGACAAAGACAAGCUGGCCCUCCUGGGAGACCUGCUGGCCGAGGAAAUGGGCAAGAUCACCUCAAACUUCCGGCUGGGCUUUGGCUCCUUUGUGGACAAGGUCGUCAUGCCUUACGUCAACACCGUGCCCGAAAAGCUGCGUGUCCCGUGUGAUGGCUGUGUUGCGCCCUACGGGUUCAAGAACCACAUGCCUCUGAACUCCAAGACGGCCUCCUUCAAGGAGCAAGUGAACGAGGCACAGGUCUCUGGCAACCUCGAUGCCCCCGAAGGCGGAUUCGAUGCCAUAAUGCAAGCCGUCGUCUGUCACCAAGACAUUGGCUGGAGAGAAAAAGCACGGCGGCUUCUCCUCUUUUCCACAGACAGCGGCUUCCAUUACGCAGGAGACGGCAAGCUUGGGGGCAUUGUGAAGCCCAAUGAUGGGUCGUGCCACCUGGAGAACGGGGAGUACACGCAGAGCGUGCACCAGGACUACCCGUCCCUGAGCCAGAUCAACGCCAAGAUCCAGGAGCACAAGGUGAACAUCAUCUUCGCCGUCACGGCCGACCAGAUCGGCAUCUACGAGAAGCUGGGCAACCAGCUCGAGGGCUGCAGCAGCGGGCGCCUCGAGAAUGACUCUUCCAACGUCGUCCAACUCGUCCGGGAACAGUACGAUAAAAUUAGCUCCAAAGUGGAGAUCAAGGACAACGUCACCAGCAGCAACAUCCAAAUCACCUACUGGUCUACCUGUCUCGGUGACAAGAAAGAAAAGACAAAUGUCUGCAAAGGCCUGAAAGUUGGUACCAAUGUGACGUUUGAAGCAAGCAUUGAGGUCAAGUCGUGCCCCAAGGAUCGGAGUCAGUGGAACCAGACUAUCCAGAUCUAUCCUGUUGGUAUCAGCGAAUCACUCAUCGUUCACCUAGAAAUGAUCUGCGAGUGUGAUUGUGAGAUGCCCUGGAAUGAGGAACCAAACAGUCCCAAGUGCUCGGGAGGCAAUGGAACCUUCGAGUGCGGAAUCUGCAGCUGCUACAACAACCGUUACGGCCGAGAGUGUGAGUGCGACGCCAAGGGCACCGACCAGAUCAAGGACGAAAAAGGAUGCUUUUUCCCUAACGACACCAAGCCCUGCUCCGGUCGUGGGGACUGCCGAUGCGGAGUCUGCGAGUGUCACCCCAGGGAGAAACACGAAGAGAUUGUGACCGGCAAGUACUGCGAGUGCGACAACUUUUCUUGUGAUCGGGUCGACGGAGACCUCUGCGGAGGAGAAGAAAAGGGAAGCUGCAUCUGUGGCAAGUGCGAGUGUCGCAACGGCUGGACCGGUCCCAACUGCAACUGCUUGGACACCAACGACACCUGCAUCGGUCCCAAUGGGAAAAUAUGCAGCGGGUUUGGCGAGUGCUUCUGCGGGCAGUGCAAGUGCCACGAGACGGAUGAAGAACGUUACAGCGGCCUGUAUUGUGAGGACUGUCCUACUUGUCCUGGCAAAUGCGAAGCCUUCAAGGAUUGCGUCCUGUGCCAGGUGUUCCAGAUUGGAGCACUUUCGGAACAGGAGUGCAAGACAAACUGCACUUUUCUCGCUAUCCAGGCCCCCCACAUUGAAGUUAGCGAAGAAGGUGAAAAGUUGUGUAUUUUCCGGGAUGAGGAUGACUGCAAAUACACAUUCAUCUACAAGCUGGAGCCCGACGGCGAAUACACAGUGAGGGCCAAGAACGAACGAGAAUGUCCAGAGCCGGUGAACAUACUGGCGAUCAUUCUGGGUGUCAUCAUUGGCAUAGUCUUGAUCGGUCUGGCACUGCUGCUCAUCUGGAAGCUGUUCACCACGAUCCACGACAGGAGGGAGUUUGCAAAGUUCGAGAAGGAACGGCAGAUGGCCAAGUGGGACACUGGAGAAAACCCGAUUUACAAGGGGGCUGUGUCGACGUUCAAGAACCCCACGUACGGCGGAAAGCAGUAGGAACAUACUCUGUUGAUAGCAGGAACUUUUUCCUCUUCUUUUUUUUGGGUUCAGGCUAGCGGGAACCUGUUGUCUUUGGGGUUGCCGGAGUGCAUUAUCAUCCCCGUUCGUUUGACGCAUCGCUUCGCAGUGUUUGUCACUUUUAAGGCAUGAACACAUUGGUCUUUUUAAUGUAAGUUAACGGGGAGUUUUAGUGGAUCGUUUCAAUAACGAUAUCCAAUACUCCGCUGGCACCCUUGUGCGUGCAUCACAUCGUUAUCAGAAUGAUGUACUAAAGCCCCCUAGUUGUAGUGACGGGGAGUAAAGCAACACUGUUUCACUGUCGCCGGAUAUUUCACGGAAGAGAGUUUUAUGUGUCGUGAGUCAACGUUAAGGAAAACACCUGUGCCUAGUGACUGCUGUGAGAAAUAGUUCUUGUUUCAUCAAGCGCUGAUUUAAGCCUCGUUAUAUUUACAAUGUGCAACGUCGAAGCUGUGUGCCAGAGCUGAUCGCUGGCAUUUUUGUAGCCAGGGGCUGUAACUUUGCACCCUGGUUAGGACUCCCCUUGGUGCAGUUUUAUUGUGACCUACUAUUUAGUUUGUACGACCCUUUUUGUUAUUUCGCUUGUACAACGACUGUGGUAAUGCUCAUGAAUCUUGAUUUCAUGCCGGUUUGAUUCUGAAGAGACAUAUAGUGGUCCAGCCUUUUUGUUCACAGCAAUGCUACUUUUGCUAAGUUUUAGUUUUUUUGUGUAAUAUAGAUUUGUACAUACCUUUGCUUUUUGUUGUCACCAAUACAACCUGGAUCUAUCAGCGCUACCAUCCAAACAACAUCACGAUUAUUGACUUAGUUUUACACAAGGCUGUAGUACAUGAAUAGGAAUGGCAUGAGCUUUCAGUUAUGUUAUUUAUUAAUUAACAGUGAUUUUAUUCCUGCAUUUUUUUGUCCAGUCUUUCUUCUCCUUUAUACAAUACUGUCCUCGUCAACCUUUGCAUUGACUGCUUUUUGAGAAUGUUGCGCUACAUUUUGUGUAAACGGGAAUCCAAUAUAUCUAUAUACAUACAUAUAACACAAUACUGCCAGAUGGAAAAUAUGUAUAGCCUGAUAGAAAUCUUGAGCCAAGUCCUGUGUCAGAGGAAUGAUAAGCCCAAAUGGUUUUGCAUUGACUUAUGGUUUAUUUAGAGACUGCUUACAAAAAAGAAAAAUGUUACCUCGAAAAAUGUUUUUUGCCUAUAGUGUUAGAAACCGGCUUUAUAAAAAGAGUUAGAAUAUAGGCUAUGUAUGGAGUGCAAUAUUGGCUGGUUCUAUCACUUGCUUGUAGUAAAAAUAAAAUCCAGAGCAGUUUUCUCGAGCUACAUGAAAUAAUUUUUUCAGAUAAUGCAUUUAUAGCGGUAUAUUAAGGAAGGACGGGGUAUGUCUUUAAAAUAGCUAAUGGUUUCUUGCAACAAGACACCGCCUGUACUGUCUUCCUAUCGCUUCAUUUCUUGCUAUGAGUGCGCCGAACGAAGGAGUUCUUUUAGGUUGGGUUGUAUGUGUGCUUAUAGCUGCACGUCUUGAAAAGGGGAAGAUUCAGCAUUUUUGGUGAAUGGCAAACUUUGUGAUUGCUUACUUUGAAGAGACAAUAAAAUGGGAGGACUGAA